GCUCUCCUGACUACAUGUCCGAGUGAAUUUUCUGUACCCUCUUCUAGUAUUCUUCUAUCCAAAUCAUCACUCGAACCAAGACCCCGCGAGCCAGUCUUUUCUUCUUCCGUUUUCUUCUUCAUAAGCUAUUCUCGAAUCUUCCUGCGAUUGGGCUUCGUUCCCGCUGAUACCCCGUCCCUUCUUCAAUCAUGCGUCCCGAAAUUGAACAAGAGCUGGCUCACACCUUGCUGGUCGAGCUUCUGGCCUACCAGUUUGCCUCCCCAGUAAGGUGGAUCGAAACACAAGAUGUCAUCCUCGCCGAGAAACGAACAGAGCGCAUUGUCGAAAUUGGUCCAGCAGAUACAUUGGGUGGCAUGGCCAAACGUACACUCGCCUCGAAAUACGAAGCCUAUGAUGCCGCCACAUCCGUACAACGUCAAAUUCUCUGUUAUAAUAAAGAUGCCAAGGAGAUCUACUAUGAUGUAGAUCCUGUAGAGGAAGAGCCCGAGGCUCCCGCCCAGCCUGCUGCCUCUGCUACACCGGCUGCCGCUGCUCCUGCUGCCGCCGCUGCCGUUGCCGCUGCCCCUGCGGCCCCUAGUGCUGGACCUGCCGCUCCUGUUGACGACGCUCAAGUCACAGCUUUGGAUAUUUUAAGAACACUGGUGGCUCAGAAGCUCAAGAAGGCCCUGUCUGAUGUACCAUUGAACAAGGCUAUUAAGGAUCUCGUUGGAGGUAAAUCCACCCUGCAAAAUGAAAUUCUUGGAGAUCUGGGCAAGGAAUUUGGCUCCACACCCGAGAAGCCCGAGGACACCCCUCUGGAUGAACUGGGUGCCUCUAUGCAAGCUACAUUCAAUGGCCAAUUGGGCAAGCAGUCCUCGUCGCUCAUUGCUCGUUUGGUGUCAUCCAAGAUGCCGGGAGGGUUCAAUAUCACUGCGGUGCGCAAAUACCUGGAAACAAGAUGGGGGUUGGGCCCUGGUCGACAGGAUGGUGUCCUCCUUCUCGCCCUGACAAUGGAACCGGCGGCCCGUAUCGGAUCCGAACCCGAUGCGAAGGCCUAUCUGGAUGACGUCGUGAACAAAUAUGCCGCCAGCGCUGGAAUCAAUCUGUCUGCACCCGCAGCCGGUGGCGACAGUGGAGCCGCGGCGGGAGGAAUGCUCAUGGACCCCGCGGCCAUCGAUGCCCUGACAAAGGACCAGCGCGCCUUAUUCAAGCAGCAGCUGGAACUCAUUGCCCGGUAUCUCAAGGUGGAUCUGCGUGCGGGCCAGAAGGCGUUUAUCACUUCCCAGGAAACGCAGCAAACUUUGCAGGCGCAGCUGGAUCUUUGGCAGGCAGAGCAUGGCGAUAUCUAUGCCUCCGGUAUUGAGCCGGCCUUUGACGCCCUGAAGGCUCGCGUCUAUGACUCGUCAUGGAACUGGGCGCGCCAAGAUGCUCUGAGCAUGUACUACGAUAUCAUUUUCGGACGAUUGAAGGUCGUGGACCGUGAAAUUGUCAGUCAAUGUAUCCGCAUCAUGAACCGGUCCAACCCUCUGCUGCUCGAGUUUAUGCAAUAUCACAUUGAUAACUGCCCCACCGAGCGGGGGGAGACUUACCAGCUGGCGAAGGAGCUUGGUGAGCAGCUCAUCGAGAACUGUAAGGAAGUCCUCGGCGUUGCUCCUGUUUACAAGGAUGUAGCUAUCCCCACUGGCCCCCAGACCACCGUGGACAACCGUGGAAACGUCGAGUACCAGGAGGCUCCUCGCGCCAGUGUCCGCAAGCUUGAGCAUUAUGUGCGACAAAUGGCCGAAGGCGGGCCCAUCUCCGAAUACAGCAAUCGGACCAAGGUGCAGAAUGAUCUCAAGAGCGUUUACAAACUGAUCCGCCGCCAACAUCGGCUGUCCAAGUCGUCGCAAUUGCAAUUCAACGCCCUUUACAAGGAUGUCAUUCGUGCGCUGAGCAUGAAUGAAAAUCAAAUCAUCCCCCAGGAGAACGGAACAGCCGGUAAGAAGUCGGGUCGCAACAACGUCAAACGCAAUGGCAGCCCCCGUGUGGGCAAGGUGGAAACCAUUCCAUUCUUGCAUCUCAAGAAGAAGAGCGAGCACGGCUGGGAUUACAAUAAGAAACUUACCGGCAUCUACCUGGAUGUGUUGGAGUCCGCAGCACGGUCUGGCCUUACCUUCCAGGGCAAGAACGUUUUGAUGACUGGUGCCGGAGCUGGUUCUAUUGGAGCGGAGGUUCUGCAGGGCCUGAUCAGCGGUGGCGCCAAGGUUAUCGUCACGACCAGUCGAUUCUCGCGUGAGGUGACCGAGUACUACCAGGCCAUGUAUGCCCGCUACGGUGCCCGGGGCUCGCAGCUGGUUGUUGUCCCCUUUAACCAAGGCAGCAAGCAAGACGUUGAGGCGCUCGUCGAUUACAUCUACGAUACAAAGAAGGGGCUGGGCUGGGAUUUGGACUUUGUUGUCCCAUUUGCCGCCAUUCCCGAGAAUGGUCGCGAGAUUGACUCGAUUGACUCGAAAUCCGAGCUUGCCCACCGUAUCAUGCUGACCAACUUGCUCCGUCUCCUGGGUCGUAUCAAGACCCAGAAGCAGACCAACGGCUUCGAAACCCGCCCGGCCCAGGUUAUCCUGCCUCUUUCUCCCAAUCAUGGUACCUUCGGAAACGACGGCCUGUACUCCGAGUCGAAGCUGGCGUUGGAAACCCUGUUCAACCGCUGGUACUCUGAAAACUGGAGCAACUACCUCACCAUUUGCGGUGCUGUCAUCGGCUGGACCCGUGGUACGGGUUUGAUGAGCGGCAAUAAUAUGGUUGCGGAAGGGGUCGAGAAGCUUGGCGUGCGCACCUUUUCGCAGCAGGAGAUGGCCUUUAACCUUCUUGGCUUGAUGGCGCCUGCGAUUGUUAAUCUGUGCCAGCUCGACCCGGUGUGGGCCGAUCUGAAUGGUGGAUUCCAGUACAUCCCUGAUCUCAAGGACCUGAUGACGAAGCUUCGCACGGAGAUCAUGGAGUCCAGCGAUGUUCGCAAGGCAGUCAUCAAGGAGACCGCCAUCGAAAAUAAGAUUGUGAACGGAGAGGCGAGCGAGAUGCUUUACAAGCAGGUCAUUGCCGAGCCCCGCGCCAAUAUCAAGUUCGAAUUCCCCACCCUCCCCAACUGGGAAAAGGAUGUUCAGCCCCUGCACGAGAACCUCAAGGGCAUGGUCAACCUGGACAAGGUGGUUGUAGUCACUGGUUUCUCCGAAGUUGGUCCUUGGGGUAACUCCCGCACUCGUUGGGAAAUGGAAGCGUAUGGCAAGUUCUCCCUCGAGGGCUGCGUGGAGAUGGCAUGGAUUAUGGGCCUGAUCAAACACCACAACGGGCCCAUCAAAGGCAAGGCUUACUCCGGCUGGGUGGAUGCCAAGUCCGGCGAGCCAGUGGAUGACAAAGAUAUCAAGCCCAAGUACGAGAAGUUCAUCCUGGAGCACUCCGGUAUUCGACUUAUUGAGCCCGAAUUGUUCAAGGGCUAUGAUCCGAAGAAGAAACAGCUGCUGCAGGAAGUGGUCAUUCAGGAGGAUCUUGAACCCUUUGAGGCCUCCAAGGAAACCGCGGAAGAAUUCAAGCGUGAACAUGGGGAUAAGGUUGAGAUCUUUGAAGUGCCCGAGUCCGGAGAGUUUACCGUCCGUCUCAGGAAAGGCGCCACUCUUCUCAUCCCCAAGGCCCUUCAGUUUGAUCGUCUCGUUGCCGGUCAGAUCCCCACGGGCUGGGAUGCCAAGAGAUACGGUAUUCCCGACGACAUCAUCGAGCAGGUCGACCCCGUCACGCUAUUCGUUCUCGUCUGCACCGCCGAAUCUAUGCUGUCCGCCGGUAUCACGGACCCCUACGAGUUCUAUAAGUACGUCCACCUGUCCGAGGUCGGAAACUGUAUCGGUUCCGGUAUUGGAGGUACCAAUGCCCUGCGCGGCAUGUACAAAGAUCGUUACCUGGACAAGCCGCUCCAGAAGGAUAUUCUGCAGGAAUCCUUCAUCAACACGAUGAGCGCUUGGGUCAACAUGUUGCUGCUGUCCUCCACCGGCCCCAUCAAGACCCCUGUUGGUGCCUGCGCUACGGCCGUUGAAUCCAUUGACAUUGGUUACGAAACCAUUGUGGAAGGAAAGGCACGGGUUUGCUUCGUUGGUGGCUUUGAUAGCUUCCAGGAAGAAGGCUCGUACGAAUUCGCCAACAUGAAGGCCACUAGCAAUGCUGAAGAUGAAUUCGCCCACGGACGUACUCCCCAAGAGAUGUCGAGACCCACCACCACCACUCGUGCGGGUUUCAUGGAGUCCCAGGGAUGCGGUAUGCAACUGAUCAUGAGCGCCCAGCUCGCUCUGGAUAUGGGAGUCCCCAUUUACGGUAUCAUCGCCCUGACCACCACCGCCACCGAUAAAAUCGGACGCUCCGUGCCUGCCCCCGGUCAAGGUGUUCUUACUACUGCCCGGGAGAAUCCUGGCAAGUUCCCCUCCCCCUUGUUGGACAUCAAAUACCGCCGCCGGCAACUCGAACUGCGGCAGAAACAGAUCCGAGAAUGGCAAGAGUCUGAGCUCCUCUACCUCCAGGAAGAGGUCGAGGCUAUCAAGGCCCAGAGCUCUGAGGCAUCGGAUGUAUCAGAGUACCUGCAGGAACGCGCCCAGCAUAUCCGACGGGAGGCUGCCCGACAAGAGAAAGAUGCUCAAUUCAGCCUCGGAAACAACUUCUGGAAACAAGACUCCCGCAUUGCUCCUCUGCGUGGUGCCCUCGCGACUUGGGGUCUUACUAUUGAUGAUAUUGAUGUUGCUUCUUUCCAUGGUACGUCGACGGUUGCCAAUGAUAAGAACGAAUCCGAUGUCAUUUGCCAGCAAAUGAAACACCUCGGCCGCAAGAAGGGUAACGCGGUGUUGGGUAUUUUCCAGAAAUAUCUUACUGGACACCCCAAGGGUGCCGCCGGUGCUUGGAUGUUCAACGGAUGUUUGCAGGUCUUGGAGACCGGCCUGGUCCCCGGUAACCGCAACGCGGACAACGUGGAUAAGGUGAUGGAGAAGUUCGAUUACAUCGUUUACCCCAGCCGCAGCAUUCAGACCGAUGGUAUCAAGGCCUUCUCCGUUACCUCCUUCGGAUUCGGGCAGAAGGGCACUCAGGCCAUUGGUCUUCAUCCGAAGUACCUGUAUGCGACUCUCGACCGCGCCCAGUUCCAAGCCUACAAGGUGAAGGUGGAGACCAGACAAAAGAAGGCCUAUCGAUUCUUCCACAACGGGUUGAUCAACAACAGCAUUUUCGUUGCCAAGGACAAGGCGCCAUACGAGGAUGACCUUCAGAGCAAGGUCUUCUUGAACCCCGAUUACCGUGUGACGGUUGACAAGAAGACCUCCGAGCUCAAGUACCCCGCUAAGCCUGUGGCCCUCGCGGACAAGGAUUCGGAACCCACCAAGGCCGUGGUUGAGUCUCUGGCCAAGGCCCAUGCCACCGAAAACUCGAAAGUGGGUGUUGAUGUGGAAACCAUCAAUAGCAUCAACAUUGAGAAUGAAACUUUCAUCGAAAGAAACUUUACCGCCAACGAACAGCAGUAUUGUCGCAAAGCCCCAAGCCCUCAGGCAUCAUUUGCCGGAAGAUGGAGUGCCAAGGAGGCAGUUUUCAAGUCUUUGGGUGUGUGCAGCAAGGGUGCCGGAGCUCCUCUCCAGGACAUCGAAAUUGAAAGUGAUGCCAACGGGGCUCCUGUAGUGAAGGUGAGUCUAUCCGCUUCCUGAAAUCUGAAAGAGGGAGAGAGAGAGAGAGAGAGAGAAGCCGAUUGCUAACUAAGUAUCUAGCUCCACGGUGCUGCUGCUGAGGCUGCCAGUCAGGCUGGCGUCAAGCAAGUUAGCGUCAGCAUCAG